CAGAAUAUAGUGGAUCUGAACUUCAUAUCUUUUAGUUCUGCCAGUCUCAAAAAUACAUGGUUCCGAGUCUUUAGUAUUCCUGCACUCUCUGCUUUGCUCUUCAGCUUUGUAAAUGGCCAGCUCCUCCUCAAGUUUGUUUUGGUGCAGUACUCUUUUUCCCCUUCUUUCUACUAAAUGAACUCUUUUAGUAAUUAACUCAUUUUGCCAAAUCUUGAAUGAAUUCAGUUGUUUGUCGUCUAUACUUGAGGUUUUUCAUUUACUACACUGUUUAACUUUGCAUAUGAUUUCAGUGCUGCUUCUUGUGUUCUCUUCUCAAGAAAAGCUGAAAGUUUUGUUCUUUGUUUCAAACAGUGGAUACCAUUUUCAGAACUAAACAUCCUCACACAUAAGAAAGUUUCUAGCUCAUUGUUUCCUAAAACUUUAUUCUGUUGCUUUAAAUGAUGAAAAACAGUGUCAAGCUGCUUUCCCUUUGUUCUUCUUUCCUGCUACUCAUAAAAAACUGAACUUUAUACUUGGCACAAAUCUUAAGUAUCUAGAUCUGCCUUUAAAAUCCAUUAGGAACAAAAAGAAUUGGUCAUAAGUAAUUAGGCAAAAGAGUGAAAAAUGAGAUCCAUAGAGGACAAAGGAUGCUUGAAUUAUGGACAAAAACAAGAGGUUGUAGGAGGAGGAGGCAGCAGUAUGAAUUUUGAGUUUCAUAAAGGGAAUGGAGUAAAUCGUGCAUCGACUCACCAAAGAACAGCAGCCUCAGGUAAACCAACACCAUCAAAAUGGGAUGAUGCACAAAAAUGGUUAGUGAAUCUUUCAAGAGGGGGAGGAGAAAAACACCAAUCUAAAGCCACCCCUCGAAACUCGAAUGCUGAUGACUUAAGGUUGAUUUCACCAGUUCCAAAGAAAGAGGACUAUUCGAGUGGCGAGGAAGGAGAUUCUAGUAUGAUUCAAUUUGAAGUGGAAACAAAGAAAGUUGAUUGUGAUGAAUCAAUAUGGAGAAUCAAUAAGGCUUCUAAUAACAACUCUGCCUCAGCUGUUCGAUCGAUAUGUGUUAGGGACAUGGGAACAGAAAUGACACCAAUUGCAAGCCAAGAACCAUCAAGAACUGCCACUCCGAUUAGAGCUACAACUCCAGCAGCAACAAGUCCAAUAUCCUCAGGAUCUUCUACUCCUAUAGAAAAUUGUCAAACUGUUGCCACCACAGGUGAGAACAGGGUAAAUGCAGGGACUACACGAAUCGUUCGCGAUGCAGAAGAAACUAUUGACAAUGAAUUAGCAGCUAAGAAGGAAACAAAACAUGCCAACAAGCUUAAUCCACUGGAAACUCGCGCAAUGGCUUGGGAUGAGGCUGAACGUGCCAAGUACAUGGCCAGGUAUAAGCGCGAAGAGGUGAAGAUACAAGCUUGGGAAAAUCAUGAAAAGAGGAAAGCUGAAAUGGAAAUGAAAAGAAUGGAGGUGAAGGCAGAAAGAAUAAAAGCAAGGGCACAAGAGAAGUAUACAAACAAGUUGGCAUCAACAAGGAGAAUAGCAGAGGAGAAAAGAGCCAACGCUGAAGCAAAGCUGAAUGAAAAAGCUGUAAAGACUUCUGAAAAGGCAGAUUAUAUAAGGAGGACUGGUCAUCUUCCCUCCUCUUUCUCUUUUAAGUUACCUUCUUUCUGCUGGUAGCAGCUUUUUCUUGUAUACCUAUAAACUACACUACUAUAUUUACUAAGUAGUAACUUUGUUUCUUUCUUGCGUGGUUCAAUCAAAUCUUUUGUGCUCAAGUCUUUAUCACAUAUAGUACAAUUUGAAAGGCUACUCUUGGGAAAUAGGGGGUAUCAAAGUGUACAUAAUAAAAGUAUAGGGUGUUUUAGAGUUAGUUAAAAGGGUUAGUUAAAGUGGUUAGUGGAUAGAUGUGUAUGAGCUGUCAUUUAGUUAGUGAGCACUAUAUAGCCUUGUAUUGAACAUUCCUCUCUGAAGAAUACAAUUUCGAUUUCUCUUCUUCAUUUCUCAA